UCCUUCAAAGCACAACCCUUGUGGCUGUCAUUGCUCGUCUCCCAAAUUCAAGUGGCACCAUGGGCCAUUGUUGUACCAGCUGAGCUCUCUAUUCUAUAUAUAAGACCCUGCGGUCGAAAGAAACCACAUUCAUCAAUCCAAAUCCAGGAUAUUAAAAAUGAUUCAUAUUUUCUUCUAUGUUUCUUUUCUGUUCUUCUCCUCUCAUGCAGCUGUUCAAGACUUUUGCGUUGCAAACCUAAAUGGCCCAGAAAGCCCUGCAGGUUACUCUUGCAAGAAUCCUGCUAAAGUUGCAAUCGAUGACUUCGUGUUUUCAGGACUAGGCAUUGCUGGAAACACUACAAACAUCAUCAAAGCUGCUGUGACUCCUGCAUUUGUAGCUCAAUUUCCUGGUGUGAACGGCCUUGGAAUCUCCAUGGCACGGUUGGACCUAGCCCCAGAUGGUGUCGUACCAAUGCACACCCACCCUGGUGCAUCUGAAGUUCUAGUUGUCGUGCAGGGUUCUAUCCUUGCUGGUUUCAUUUCUUCAGCUAACGGUGUUUACGUGAAGACACUGAAGAAGGGUGAUAUAAUGGUGUUCCCUCAAGGGUUGUUGCAUUUUCAGAUAAAUGCAGGUGGUAUACCGGCCAUUGCUUUUGUAAGCUUCAGUAGCCCAAGUCCUGGCCUCCAAAUCACCGAUUUUGCAUUGUUUGCUAACAACUUGCCUUCUAAAUUGGUGGUGAAGACAACAUUCCUGGAUUUGGCUCAAGUGAAGAAGCUCAAGGCUGUUCUUGGUGGCACCGGCUAAGCAUGACCUAACCCGAAGCGCGCUGCUAGUUUUAGCCAGUCCCCCUAAGCUAUUUCUUGUUCUACCUCCAUUCUUUUGUCUGUUUUCUUGGUUGUUCCUCUGUAACCAGGUUCUUUGUACUAAUGUAUAGUUGUUCUGAUCUUCAAAGGCAUGCUCGAUUCCAAUGAUGUUUGGUUUUCCAUCGUAGAAUAAUUGUAAAGUGCGAUUUUGUCUAUUCUUCACCAAUAUUUACUCCUGAUAACCUAGUAUGAUUACUUAUGGCUACUAG